CGCCCGCCUGCCUGCCUGCCUCACAUGCCAUCACAGCAACAAAGAGCACGCUGAGCAGCGGGCGGAAAGACGCCCGGGCUCCAGGCUCUGCCAGCCCGAAAGCCGACAGGGGACCAUGGCUAGGAAGGGGGACUCCUCCGCCUCUCCUUAUGGUGAACCAAGGAAAUUUGAUCCAAAGUUCAGCGGACCUAUUCACAACAGGCAUUGUACAGAUGUUCUGUGCUGUGUUAUCUUCGUUGUGGUCAUCCUCGGUUACAUUGCUUUAGGAAUUGUGGCCUGGGUACAUGGUGACCCCAGAAAAGUGGCUUACCCAACUGACAGCUAUGGGCAGUUCUGCGGUCAAAAGGACACGCCUAAUGAGAACAAGACAAUUUUGUUUUACUUUAACAUUCUGAAAUGUGCCAGCCCUAUAGUGCUAAUAAACCUACAGUGCCCUACAACACAGCUUUGUGUGUCAAAGUGCCCAGACAGGUUUGCAACCUACAUAGAAAUGCAAUCUUCCUACAGAAAUUACUGGGAGUACUACAGACAGUUUUGCAAGCCUGGUUUUAAUAAGCCACGGAAGUCUGUGGCCCAAGUUAUGCGUGAUGAAGAUUGCCCCUCUAUGAUCAUUCCAAGUCGGCCUUUUCUUAAGCGAUGCUUUCCUGAUUUCUCCACUAAAAAUGGUGUACUGACUGUGGCCAAUAAAACUACUUUCAAAGAUGGAAGAGGAAAAACAAGGAAUGUAACUGAUCUCAGGGAAGCUGCAAACGGCAUCAAUAAUGUUCUUGAUGCAAGAUCAGUUGGGAUGAAAAUUUUUGAAGACUAUGCCAGUUCUUGGUAUUGGAUUUUAAUAGGUCUGUUUAUUGCAAUGGUUGUCAGCUUGCUCUUCCUUGUACUUUUGAGAUUCAUAGCAGGGGUUCUCUUCUGGAUUUUCAUCUUUGGUGUGAUUGGGAUUAUAGGAUAUGGUAUCUGGCAUUGCUACUGGGAAUAUCACCGUCUUCAUGGAAUACCUGGCUCUGACCUCACUAUUUAUGAUAUUGGAUUCCAGACAGACUUCAGGGUGUAUCUACAACUGAGGCAAACAUGGUUAGCAUUUAUGAUACUACUUUGCAUAGUGGAAGUUGUCAUUAUUCUGAUGUUAAUAUUUCUGAGAAAUCGAAUCCGGAUCGCCAUUGCACUAUUGAAGGAAGGUAGCAGGGCCAUUGGCUAUAUCAUGUCUACAUUAUUCUAUCCAAUUAUUACCUUUAUUCUUAUCUCUAUCUGCAUUUCGUACUGGGCAGUGACAGCUGUCUUCCUGGCUACAUCAGGGGAACCCGUGUAUAAAGUCAUGGCUAAUCAAAGCCUGUGCAAGUAUGCAAAUUUGACCUGUUACCCAGAGACUUUCAACACAACCAAUGUGACCAAGCUAUGCCCAGGGGCCCAGUGUACCUUUGCUUUCUAUGGAGGAGAAAGCCUAUACCACAGAUACAUCUUAGUUUUUCAGAUCAUCAAUGUGUUUGUCUUUCUCUGGCUUGUAAACUUUGCAAUUGCACUGGGUCAGUGUACCCUUGCUGGUGCCUUUGCCUCUUACUACUGGGCCUUCAGAAAACCUACUGACAUUCCAUCGUGCCCACUCUUUGCUUCAUUUGGACGAGCAAUACGAUAUCAUACAGGUUCCCUAGCAUUUGGCUCUUUAAUUCUUGCAAUAGUCCAGCUGAUUAGAGUAAUCCUGGAAUACCUGGAUCACAAACUCAAAGGCUCACAGAAUGCCUUUGCUAAGUUCCUACUUUGCUGCCUCAAAUGCUGUUUUUGGUGCUUGGAAAAAUUCCUCAAAUUUAUCAACAGAAACGCCUACAUCAUGAUUGCGAUAUAUGGCAAAAACUUCUGCACAUCAGCAAGGGAAGCUUUCUUUCUGCUCAUGAGAAAUGUGGUGAGAGUUGCAGUGCUGGAUAAAGUGACAGACUUCUUAUUAUUCCUGGGGAAAAUUCUUGUUGCUGGAGGUGUGGGUGUCCUAGCCUUCUUUUUCUUCACACAUAAGAUACCAGUAUUCACACAAGAAGCACCAUCACUGAAUUACUAUUGGGUUCCACUCUUGACUGUCAUUAUAGGCUCUUAUCUCGUUGCACACGGGUUCUUCAGUGUCUAUGCAAUGUGUGUUGACACACUUUUCCUCUGCUUUUUGGAAGAUUUAGAAAGCCAUGAUGGCUCUACUGAAAAACCUUAUCACAUGAGUAAAUCUCUUCUGAAGAUCCUGAACAAGCAGAACAUGCAAACCAAGAGACAAUAGAAAAUGCCCACUUGUCCUAAUCACACAAUCACAUUUGGUUCAAGGCAUUGCUUCUUCAAUACAUCGUUGACUGUCCGCUUUUAUUUGCGCAUGUUUUAUACCAAAGCUAUUGUAUGUGUGAGGCCAUCAAAAGUUUGUAAUGACAUUGUUUUUAAAAGUCCAGCAAAAUACCAUGGGAGCAUUUUUAUACUAAGAUUUUCUUAUUCCCCCCCUUCCCCUUUUGCCUUUAAUUCUUGUAGCUUGGAUGUUUUGGAGUGAAGGAAUAUUAAAAAAUGUUAGCUGUUUGUUUUUUAAGAAAAAAGAUGUGAAAUAUGUUGCUGUUGCAAAUUUUGCUCUAGGCUCAGAAAACACAGUAUUAAGAUUUCUUGAGAAAGAAAGUAACAGUGCAAUCCUCUGUGUGUCUACUCAGGAGUAAAUAUCAUUGAGUUCAAUGGGGCUUACUCCCAGGUAAGUGUUUAUAAGAUUGCAGUGUCAACCACCAUUUCAAUAUAAAUGGUCAUGGAAUAUAUAAAUGUCUCUUGAUUGCAUUUAAAGUCUUGUCAGUUUCCUCGCUUGUACAGCUGUGUGUUCCAGGACAAAGUGCCUUACUGGCUAUUGGUAUUAAUUAGCUCAUAUUUUGAAGUUUACAUGCACCGUUUGAAUCACAAAGCUACCAUUGCUUGACAAGAUGAACAAAACUCUUUCAGUUUACUUGGAAUGUAUAUGGAUACAAAUUUGGUCAUUUCCCUCAGUUUGGAAUACUUGCAGUAUCUACAUUUUCCUACAGUCAUCCGCUCCAAAAAGAAAGCAGUGGAGAUUUGCAUUCUCUAGCGAAGUGUAAGGAUAUUUGAAAUUCUUAAGGUUAGCUUUGUCGGUGUAAGAACCUCUACUUCAACAGGUGAUGCACUCCACAUGUAGGAAAGAUAUGCAAAAUUCUGAGCAAUGCAGUACCCUGGUAUUGGUGUGUGUGUGGGGGGGGAGUGCCAACUUUUCAGCCAUCCUUUGUAGCUGUGCCUUUUCAACAAUGGCUUUAUCCGUUUCAGUUAGCAGCAGAUAGUAAUGUGUUUUUUCCAAGCCUUGAGAAGUUUUACCUACUAACUCCUGCACAUAAAAGUGCAGUUAAAGUCAUAACUACAGGGAUCAGCUGAAAAGCUGGCCACCCUAUAGGCAGCCUUACAUGGGGGCCUGCCCUAAAGCCUUACAUAAGAUCACAUACCCCUGGAGUUAAAGGGGAAGAAACAACUCUUCUUUCUGGCCUUGUCAAUGUUUGCAGAAUAUUUAUUUUAUGCUCCCACAGGUGGUAAAAGCUACUCUGUGGGCACAGGACUGAAUGUUAUGUUAUCUGUGGCAAUGAAGUGUUGAUGGUGUUACUUCCUAAACACUUUUGUAUUAGCAGAAAUGCUGAUCAUCAUCUGCCAUCCUCCUCAGAAUUCCCUGUUCCCUCUGAGCUUAGCUGCAAUCCUCACAGUACCUGGUGCAAAAUGAAUUUUCCCAGCAACAGUAUAUUGUUCCUUGUUGGAAUGCAAAGUAUUUGGGGGUAGUUGGACUUGAAUGGUCAAUUAAGUCCCAUUAGCUUUAGAAAGACUUGCUCAUAGCAGAAGACUCCUAGUACUGGUUUGUUAAUAUGGAUCAACACAGCUGCCCGUAUGGACGCUGCAUGGGGGCAGGACUAUGCAACUAUCAGGAUGCGUGCCUGCAUUUCAAAAUUUACCUCUCUACCCCUGCCUAAACACAUGUGGUAUGUGUGCCCCUUUGGCCAUGGGAAUGCCUUUGCUUGAAUCACAAGUAUUAUAACCACAGUUAAUGACAACUGUGGUGCAUAAAUGCUCAUAACGGGAGUUAAUAACAACAGUGGAACACCAACAGUGCUAUAGCUAUGGUGAAAGGAUACUUGUGUCUCUUAAACCUACAAGGAGUGUGUGGGCUAAGUAGGCUGUAAAUUUUGACGUUCUCUGUCCAGAUUAGUUUCUAGAACAUAUCCCAUGCUAUUUGUUCUGAAAAAUGCUUUCAGAUCUGCACCCUUACGCCCCAAUACUAAAUGCAUUUAUUUGGUUGUUAGACUAUCUGGUUGUUAGUCCCACUGAUUUCAGUGGAGCUUAUUUCCACAUAAGCAUGCCUAGGAUCAGGGAGUUUAAGAUUGAAUUCUGGAUUUACUGAAAUCAGAGAAGGGUUUG